AUGGGUGCUUGGCUCUCUCGGCUGAAGUCGGCGUUGGGGUUUUUACCAGCAGACAAAAAGAUUCGUGUACUUAUUUUAGGUCUCGACAAUGCAGGGAAGACGUCUAUUUUGUACCGCCUGCAGUUAGGCAACGUUGUGUCCACUGUUCCCACGGUGGGGUUUAACCUGGAGACGAUGCACUACAAGAAUAUUUCGUUUGAGGUGUGGGAUUUGGGCGGCCAGGCCAAUAUUCGGCCUUUUUGGCGCUGCUACUUUACCGACACCGACGCCAUUAUUUACGUUGUGGACAGUAGCGACAAGGAUCGUAUGGGGGUCGCCAAGCACGAGUUAUACAAUCUCCUAGACGAGGACGAGCUGCGGGCGAGUCUCCUGCUUAUCUUCGCCAACAAACAGGACAUGAUGGGCGCGGCGAGUGAGACGGAGGUUGCACAGCUGCUCGGGGUCGCAUCUCUGACGAGCCACACCUGGACUAUAGUGAAGAGCAGCGCGAAGACAGGCGAGGGACUUAUUGAGGGCAUGGAUUGGCUCUGCGACAAGCUGCGAGAGCGGGGCACCGUCACCAAUGCCCCGUAG